AUGAGCUAUGCUAUAUCUUCAGUCUCCCACAAUUGGCUCGAUGAAGUUGUCCAAGGAUACUAUUCUGACCAAGCUGCUAUGGAUCUGUUGUCUCAGCUGGCUGCCAGCCCCGAUAGCCGCCCUCCAUUUUCUUUAAUCCAAGGAGUCAUCAGAUACAGGAACCGUCUAUGGCUGGGUUCUAAUAAGUCCAUGCAGCUUAAAAUUAUGACAGCCCUACAUAGCAGUCCAUUGGGUGGCCACUCAGGAGCACCAGCGACAUACAGUAAGAUUAAAGCAUUGUUCUUCUGGCCUGAUAUGAAAUCUGACAUUUGGGCUUAUGUUCAGUCAUGUGUUGUGUGUUUGCAAGCCAAGCCAGACCGAUCCCGUUAUCCAGGCCUCUUGCAGCCACUUCCAGUACCGUCUGCUUCAUGGGAAGUUGUCUCAAUGGAUUUCAUUGAAUGGUUGCUACAGUCUGGCUUGUUCAAUGCAAUCUUAGUAGUGGUGGAUAAGUUCUCCAAGUUUUCAUACUUCAUUCCACUGCGUCAUCCUUUUACAGCAGCCUCUGUUGCCAAGAUUUUCAUGGACCAACACUUGCUCCGUGCCCAGGCUCGCAUGAAACGCCAAGCUGAUAAAGGCCGUUCUGAGCGUCAAUUCUCUGUGGGCGACGUGGUGUUCUUGAAGGUCCAACCCUAUAUUCAGUCAUCACUGUUCCACCGCUCCAACAACAAAUUAUCUUUCAAGGUCUUUGGGCCAUUUCAAGUCAUUCAAAAGGUUGGUCCAGUUGCAUACAAGCUGCUACUUCCACCAGGCGCUGCUGUCCAUCCGGUCUUCCACGUCUCGCAGCUGCGUUCUUCUCUAGGCAAUCAGCAGGUAUCGCCAUCACUACCUUCUGACUUGCAGCAGUUUCAGUUUCCGCUUCGGGUGCUGCAAUGCCGCUGGACAUCCGGGGCUCGGCCUGUGGCGCAAGGCCUUAUCCAGUGGUCUCAUUCACCUCCGGAGCUGUCUACUUGGGAGCCGCUCGAGCAACUUCGUCAACAGUUCCCACGAGCACCAGCAUGGGGACAUGCUGGUUUUGAAGAUGGGGGGAAUGUUAGCAGCCUGCCCCUGCCCGUGCCCGUGACAGGUGAAGACGUCGCGCCUGGAGCUAAAGAGGAGGCUGCUCUAGCUGUCUGGCCCAAGAGACUACGUCGGCCCAGUACAAGAAUCGUUGGCCCAAUGUAG